UCAUCACUGAACCGCUCAAUUCCAAUUAAUUUGACAAGAUUUCCCUCACGCGAAGCGCAAAUCCCUAUUAAAAGACGCAUACUGUAAAUGACAACCCUCUAAACGCUUCGCGUGUCCGAAUGAAAUGGAAGAGGAGAGAAAGGGAACGACAAAAGGUUAAGACGCAGCUUCCCAGAGUUAUUUCCCGGCAGAGCGCCCUAAGCCACAGUCAUUGGCCCUAAGCCAGCCCCCUCCCGAGUGCUCCUAGUGUUUCUAUAGUAAUUUCUAACCAAUGAUCAGUAGGUGUCCACAUCCUAGCUUCCUCACCUCAGCACCAAUCAGCCACACACAGCGACAGGAGACAGCACGGAGCUAACACUAGGCAGCCACACACAAUACACCUCGGACCAAGCAGAGGAAACACCUACAACGCACCGUUAUUUCCCCCCUACAGAGCCGUGGUUUUAUAAUAAUAAACCGUUUUUUUUCUUCUAAAAGCUCGAUAGGCUAUCGCUUUAAGUUUGCUAUUUUUUCAACUUUUUUCUCAAGCCAGGAAAAUAAGUCUGUAAAAAUGCUCCUUUUGUUUUGAGCGCUCUUUUUCAGUGUGGCUGUGCUCUUCUCACAUCCUCGCGUUAUUUUUUAUCUCCAUCGCGCCUUGCGGUAAUGUGCCGCUCUGUGUUGGCAGCAGACUGCUAGGCGUCUGGAAUCUCUUCUCGCCAGGAACCUGGUAGUGCUAGAGGCGACAGAAGCAGGAUGGUAACAUAUUGUUGGUGGUAACCAGCAGCUUCUAGUUUGACGAAGGCCACCGUUGACGGCGACCCCGGACUCUUCCCCAGUGAACCCUGCUCAACCGUCCUCCAGCCAUGGCUAAUAUAAACAAUGCGCUCUGCAUUGAGAACGGACAGAACGCAGACCUUUCUCUCUUACAAAAGGAUAACCUUCAGAACCUGCAGAACCUGCAGAACUUGCAGAACCUCCAGGAUGGUGGAUUAAGCCAGCUUUUGGAUUAUAACGCCGAGAUGGAACGGUACCGCUCUUUCGCAAACUUUUACAAAACCAACGGCGCGUUUGGCCAGACGGCCAAGAUCGCCCGCAUCACGACACCCAUUUUCCCCAGUGCCCGGAUAGGCAUGUCCCCGUGGAACUGCGAUAACGCCAUGCUCUGGGGGAGGAAAUCGGCGACAAUAAACCCUAAUAGGACCAGCAUGCACAGGAAUGACUCCCAGAGGCCGGGGAAGCAUGGCGUGCCGCCAGAAACGCUACAGCAAAUGGCAAAUAAUAAUUUCCUCUCUACCUUAUCCCCCGAACACUGCAGACCUUUAGCGGGAGAAUGCAUGAACAAGCUGAAAUGCGGCGCCAGCGAAGCAGAGAUAAUGAAUCUCCAGGAACGUGUCGGAACUUUUUCCGCCAUUCCGGCUUUAGGGGGCAUCUCAUUACCUCCCGGGGUCAUCGUCAUGACAGCCCUUCACUCCCCCGCAGCCUCGGCAGCCGUUACAGACAGUGCGUUUCAAAUUGCCAAUCUGGCAGACUGCCCACAGAAUAAUUCCUCGGCGUCCGGCGGGAACCCGGCGAAGAAGAAAAGGAAGCGGUGUGGGGUGUGUGCGCCCUGCCGGCGGCUAAUCAACUGCGGCGUGUGCAGCAGUUGUCGGAACCGUAAAACGGGCCACCAGAUCUGCAAGUUCAGGAAAUGUGAGGAGCUGAAAAAGAAACCCGGCUCGUCGCUGGAGAGGACACCAGUCAACAAUGGCGAGGCAUUCCGGUGGUUCUUUUAGAGCGCCCGACCUUAGUGACAUCAACAUGCGGUCGGAGGUCCAGUUAGAACUCUGACAUCACUGCAGGAAGCACUUGGGGGCUCAGAGAACCCAAACAACCUCCCAGUUUUUAAACCAGGAGGAAGAAACUCUCGAAAGAUGAAACGAUAAACAUUAUGGUGUUGGUUUUACUCUGUAAUUUCCUUUCCUGUGUAAUUAUUGUACCUUUUGACAGUAUCAUAAUGUCUAUUUUCGGUGUAUAUGAAUGUGUUUCAGUGUCGUUUGGCUGUAAAGUUUACAGUCAAUCUUAUGUAAAGGACUCAAUAGACAAUCAUCACCAAUACGUCAACAACAAAGAUGGCCGCUGCUGGGAUUGAUCAUGUGAUCGUCACACACAACCUUGGAGCAAUAAUCUUUAAAGUUGAUUAUUCUGCUUGUGUUUUCCCUUUAUUUCCGUUUUCAAAUUAUUAUAUCAAAGCUGAAUUAUUUUUUAUUAAAUUUGUCAUUUUUGUUUAAUGCUUGCAUUUCCUGUUUGUGUGUGUGCGCCUCUGACUGAGGGAAACUAUAAGGUCCUCUUUGGUAAAUGUGAUGUAUCAUAUAAGUGACACACGAUGCCAGAGAGAGCGGCAUUAUUAUUUAGAUGCUUUCAUUUGGGGUUUUUGUCCAGCACGUUACGAAACAGGGCACAUUGUCUUGUGUAGCGAGUUGUACUUUUUGGGAAAACAAAAAGGGGCAUCGUUGUGUUACAGUUACUGCACAAAGUGGUAGUUGUGAGCCAGACUGCAUUUCUCUGGGGUUUUGAUACACUUCAAAGAUGGUGUUAUGAUUAGCUUUUUCAUCUAACUGUUUUGCCUCCUGACCAUCUUCUGGUUUUUGUUUGAAAUACAAAGGUCAUCUUAUAGGUAACACUAUACUUAAAUCCUGCAGGUAUAAUGCUUCAUUACUUAUAUCCUGCAGGUAUAUUGCUUCAUUACUUGUUAUAAGCAGGUAUAAUGCUUAGUUGCUUGUUUAUAAGCAGGUAUAAUGCUUUAUUGCUUGUUAAUAGCAGGUAUAAUGCUUUAUUACUUGUUAUAAGCAUGUAAUAUCCGUUAAAGUGUCUUAUGAGGUUUAUGAUAUAUACUUGCAGACUAAGUAAAGUGUUACCGGUUAUUACACCCAAGCUGUCUGAAAGGUAGUUAUAAAUAAUACUAGUAGGAAUUCUGAGGUUAAAUUAACAUAUUCAAAUGGAAUAUUAAGUCAACAGUACAGUGAACAUAUCUGACAACAGUUAUAUACAAUAUAACUGAUAUAUGUUCACUGUGAGUAUGUCUGACUACAGUUAUUCUGGAAGUAGGGGACUGUCCAUACCUUUCUCCUGCAGAGGCCACAAUAACAAAGGCAGUAGUCUGUUGAGCUGAAGCAAAAAAGUGAACACAUUCCAAAAACGACAAAAUGAUUCAAUAAAUCACUCAUUGUCUUCAAAACCCUAUUGUUGCAUGUGUAAAUGUGUUUUGGUUUUAAAGAUUAACAAGAAUUUGUAUAUUGUUGUUGUGAUGCUUUUAUGUGUUCAAAUAAAAAAAGAACUAAAAAAAAUAAUAUUUUGAAUGUCGACGAAUAACGCAACAUUUUUAUCCUCACAUUGUACAAUUAAAUAUUGGAUUAUGAUUCCCCUGCAA